GCAGCUGCAUUCUCGCCUCAACAUCCAAAGCAGGAAGACCUUCCUCCGUCAUGUCCAGCUACACCCGCUCCGUCAACUUCUCCGGGGGCCGCCUCGGCGCCCCCAGGGCCCCAAGCGUGUACGCCGGCGCCGGAGGCUCUGGGGUCCGCAUCUCCAGUGUGAGCGCUCCCAGGAACUUCUCCUCCGGUGGUGGGGGCUUCAACCUGUCGGACGCCCUAGACAUCUCCGACAACAAGAAGGUGGCCAUGCAGAACCUGAACGAGCGGCUCGGGUCCUACCUGCAGAACGUCCGCAGCCUGGAGACCGCCAACGCAGACCUGGAGCUCAAGAUCAAGAGGUUCCUGGAGAGCAAGACCAGACCUGAGAACCACGACUGCGUGGCCUUGAAGGCCUCCAUCAGAGAGCUCCAGGACCAGAUCCUCUUCGCCACCGGAAGCAACGGAUCUCUGUAUCUGGCCAUCGACAACGCCAAGCUGGCUGCUGACGACUUCAGGGUCAAGUUUGAGAGCGAGCUGGCCAUGCGUCAGUCGGUCGAGGCCGAUGUGUCUGGGCUGAAGAGGGUCCUCGACGAGCUGACCCUGGGGAGGUGCGACCUGGAGAUGCAGAUCGAGGGCCUGAGGGAGGAGCUGAUCCAGCUAAAGAAGAACCACGAGGAGGACCUGCUGCUCCUCAGGGGUCAGAUGGGGGGUCAGGUGAAUGUGGAGGUGGAUGCCGCACCCCAGCAGGACCUCUCUGCCGUCAUGGCGGGCAUCAGAGACCACUACGAGACCGUGGCCAACAACAACCGCAGAGACCUCGAGGUCUGGUUCCAGGCCAAGUCUGAGGUCCUCAAUAAGGAAGUGGCUGUGAGCACAGAGACUCUCCAGUCAACCCGCUCUGAGGUCACGGAGGUCAAACGCUCGCUGCAGAGCCUGCAGAUCGAGCUCCAGUCGCAGCAGAGCAUGAAAGCAUCUCUGGAAGACACCCUCGCCGACACCCAGAGCCGCUACGCUAACAUGCUAGCAGGCUACCAGAGGCAGGUGUCGGGCCUGGAGGAGCAGCUGGGCCGGCUGAGGGAAGACCUGGAGCGCCAGGGCCACGAGUACCAGGUACUGCUGGACAUGAAGACCCGGCUGGAGAUGGAGAUCGCAGAGUACCGCAGGCUGCUGGAUGGGGAGGGCGGCGCCAGCAGCACCAGCAGCAGCAGCAAAGUCACCAAAUACAUAGCCGUCACGAAGGACAUUGUGGACGGGGAGGUGGUGAGCACUUCAGAGGAGGUCCUUCAAUAGAUCUGGCAACUCCAGCUGGAUGGGCUCCCACAGAAACAAACACGGUAACUAAAGUCUGACAAUAAAAGCCGUCUGUCAAA